AUGUCUGGCGACAUUGGAAACCAAGGAACCUGCACGACCUGCACGUUUUCCGAGGACUUUUCCAACUACUGGACCGCCGUCAUGUUCUUUAAGCACCCUACCAAUGGGUCUUACAAGCGCGUGCCUAUCAUGGAGAACGACGCCCUGCCCCCGGGAAUCAACGGCGGGAUGACUGUGUACUACACCCAGCAGGACUUCUACUCCAACGGUAACCAGAAGAUCACAGCAUUCAAACCAGGCUUCCGCAUGACGAUAGGCAGCCCGACAACAACCACCGCCGGCCAGAGUAACGGUCAGAAGGGUCUGAAAUUCGUCUGCCUCCAGAACAAGUCGACCAGGUUCCCUGAGCUCGACACUUUCCCGACGCAGCCGUGCCCUGGCGGAAUCAUGACCGUUCACCAUUUUCCUACGUUUGUGGCCUUUCCUUUGGUUACCCCUGUUUCUUCCUCAUUUUCGAGAUGCUGGGAUGGCAAGAAUCUAGACACCCCAAACCACCAGGAUCAUAUGUACGACACACAGACCGGGGCGUUUCAGCCAGCAGGGCCAUGCCCGGCCUCACAUCCGGUGCGCAUGCCUCAGGUGGCAUACGAGACCCUCUGGGACACAGCACAAUUCAAGUCGAUGUGGCCCAGCGGUACCCCCAACCCAUUUGUUCUCAGCUACAUGGGAAAGAACGGUAACUUGAAUGGCUACGGGACACACGCCGACUACGUCUUUGGAUGGAAGGGUGACUCUCUUCAACGUGCCAUGGACUCAAACUGCAUGUUCCAGGGCUGUGAGAACGGGAACCCUCUCAAGUCACAGAGCGUGGCGCAGAUGAACGCUUGCACCGUGAAGAAACAGGUCAAUGAGGACAUUGAUGGCUGGCUCCCUGAGCUUCCAGGAAUGGGUGGAAUGUGA